AUGAGGUUUUCUACGGCCUUUGUCGCCCUCCUCUCGGUCGGCUCAUCGGCGUCUGGCUUCCGUCUGCAGGGGCGGGACCAGGUGCCGGUCGCUCUCGACGAUGACCACAAAAUCCCCGGCGAGUCGCCUCUCAAGCUCUGCGAUGGCGACCACAAGGAUGAUAUCCUCAAGAUCACUAAGGUCGACCUUACGCCGAAUCCACCCAAGGCCGGCGAGAGUCUUGUUAUCAAGGCCAGCGGCGAUGUCACUCAAAAAAUCGAGGAUGGCGCUUACAUCAACCUGUCUGUCAAGUACGGUCUGAUUCGCCUCAUCAACACCAAGGCCGACCUCUGCGAGCAGAUCAAGAAUGUUGAUCUCGACUGCCCCAUCGACGAGGGCAAGCUUGACAUUGUCAAGUCGGUGGAUCUCCCCAAUGAGAUACCUCCUGGCAAAUACACUGUUCUCGCCGAUGUCUACACCAAGGACAACAAGAAGAUCUCAUGCCUGACGGCCGAAGUCAGAUUUGAGAGGAAUAGCAUUGCCACUCCAUGGGGCGACUUGUAA